CGCAUGUUCGUCUGUUGGCGGCCCUCGCUGCCAUAGUGUCGGCCGCCUUUUACCCACACAGACAUCAUGACACACCCACACAGAAGCUUCCGCCUGAUACACAGGGUAAAGAGAAAAGAACGUCUUCAAAUGAUGGCUUCAAGUUGUAUUAUGACGUUGGUUGCAGGGUCGUGUGCGAUGCUGAACAGCAGCCUCAACGACAAGCAGACACGCAAAUGCAAGUUGUGCAGAACCACCACUCACAAGGACCCGGAAUGCACAGCGGUCAGACAGAGACACCGCCGCGUGUCAACACAUCAUAAUGUGUGCGGGUGUGUUUGCGUGUGUGUGUGUGUGUGUGUGCAGUUUGCGAGCAGGGGCCCGGCGUGCAUCACGUGGUCCGAGCAGGGUCAGCACCUUUUCCGAUGCACACCUGACGGCCAGAUCGAUGUCAGUACGUCUCUGGGCACACCACAGAGCUUCCUCCUUCCCUCUCCCUUCCCUGACUCAUAUAUGUGAGAUUUCUGUGCAUUGGCAGAGAGAGGGGUAUUACACCUUGGAGGCUGACCCUGAACCCCCCCAGCUAUCACAAGAUGAGAAGAAGAGAAUGGACCUGCCGGAAAAUCUGCCCGCCCAAGCCGUGCAGGUGCGAAAGCACGCGGCCUAUUGCUUGCAUUCGCGCGUGUGCCUAUUGCUUGCAUUCGCGCGUGUGCGUGCAUGUGUCCACAGGUGUCGCUCGGAUCCACUGGCCUGCUAGGUGGUGAGGAGAAAAAGUGCCGCUUCGUGAGGAAAAAGUCGCCAGAAUGUGACAAGAAUGCCAUCUGGAGAUAUUUUGACAACUUCCACAGGACGGCCGACAGUAAGCGGACAAAGCAUCUAGCCAGCCAUGCCGUGCCCACAACCAUGUGUGCGGUGAUGUGCAGGGCCAGAGGGUGGCUGCAAAAUGCCUCUAACGGAUGUCGAAGAGUGCCCGCAGGUGUGCCUGUACCACGACUUUCCCGACCCAAUGCCGCGACUCUACGAAUGCGGCACAGAUAUGAAGCCCAGAGGGGUAAGCCGACCUAGCCGAUAUACAUACCGAAAAUUGGGUUAUGGGUCUAUCAUGGAGCGAGAAACGUCCUUCGUGUGUUGAUGUGUGCAGAGGGCCUCUCCGAAGACCCCGACGGCGAGCCGCGGCCUCCCUAUUUACGUGUUGGCGACACUGGGGCUGCGGAGGAAGUAUACACAGAACUGCUUCUACGACGACACCCCUGCAAGCCCCAUAGACACGUGCAGACAAGAGGACAUAGACAAGCUGGCCAAACAAGAGUUGAGUAAGCCAGCCAUCCGACAUAUAUACAUGGGCCAGACACACAUAAACUGAGCAUGUGCUGUGUCAUUCAGCGUGCUCGCGCGGCUGGACAGCCACAAAAGCACCCUUUGAUGCUCUUGAAGACCCGUGUGCGUCAGUGACAGCGUGCAGGAAUAUCAAUGGAAACCUCUUCGUAUGCAGCGGCGCAUCGACUACGGUAUUGUGCAUGUCGCCGCCACAUUAUCACAAUGCACACCUCCACUCCGAGUGCAUGGUUGGGCGCAGGGCUACCUCGACAGUGCCGACUUCGAGAAAGAUGAGCGGGCAUACGCUGCCGACGUGACCGUGGACAUUCUAAAGGAGCAACAUCAAUGCUCCUUUGCAGACGUCACCCCUUGCCAGCAAGGACCACGCAAAGACGAAGGUCAAUCCACAAAGAGAGAGAGAGGCAUAUGAUGUGUCACCCUCUGUCCAUAUCAGGUUGCAAGAGGUCGACUUCGGAAUCAGAUGCGUGUAACGAUGUGACGGCGUGCUAUGACCCACAAGGGGCCGCCAGCAAACAACCGGCGCUCGUCGUGUGCACUGGCAAGGACCUGGUGACAAAGAAAGCGCCUGUUGCUUGGUGGGCAGAUGAUGGUUGUCGUGUUGCCAUGCCGACUAACAGCGGCCCUUUGAAGUGGCGAGACUGGCAAGAAUCGGUGAGGACCAAUGGGCACUUCCCCAGGAUUCGAAGGACGCCGGUUGCACGUUUGAGAGGCUGCCGCGGUGCCCGCACGUGCACGCCGAACGGCCUCCCGAACCACCACCCGAACAACCAGGCUGUAAGCGUGCGACUGACGGAGACAUCGAGUAUCCGCAGAUCGUUGUUUGUAGGGUGCACGAGCGGGUAUGUGCCGAGCCUGCCAAGUCCGGAAAUGGCGGGCGACCCUUGUGCAUCGGUGACGGCAUGUAAGACCCAAGGUGGCGAGCUAUCGCUCUGCGGUGGCUCAAUUGACCUGGUACAGAUACUCCACGGCUCACAUAUACGGGAGUGACAAUCGGAUGUGCGUUCGAAGGGGACGGUGUGGGCCGAAGAGGUGGAUUUUAAGCAUGACCGGGCACUGGACAUCUUCACCCUGAUGGUUGAGUUGCCUUCCCGCGGUCGACAUGAACUCAGGUAGGGAGAGACACAACACAAUGCAUGACCAUUUUCUUACACAACUAAGUGGCUGGUCCCGUGUCAUUGUUGUCGAAAUGGAUAGCGGGGAGACACACAGGUGCGCUUUCGAACACCCCCCGCCAUGCCCAAGGGGCAGACCAAAGGAGCCACCUGGUCAGUCAGCAGCUGUUCUUCUUCGGUGUAUACGUAUGUAUGUAUGUCUACGUCUUGUUUGUUUCUUCAGCGUGCCGUGAGUCGAGCAAUUGCAAAGGCACCAGGGCGUGUGUGCGGCCACGCGGGAGCGAAGGGCCCGGCACACCGACAAACAGCACGCUCAUGCUCUGCAAGGAGGACAAAGUGGGCCGUGUUCAUUUCUUACCUCAUCCGUACACACAGAAUGCUGCUGAAUAUUGGUUGGCUCACUUGGCUGGCAGGGCGAGGCGACUGAAUUUGACGGCGCGUACACGGUCUUCCGACUCACAUAUAGAUCGGAUAUGAACCACGCAAUAGAAGGUGAGUGGCAACACGGGCACGAGAGACUGCACGCCUCUAUGUAUUAGAUCAUGCAGACUGGGCAUACACCCUAGAGCAAGGCCCCAAGAGAGGCUGUUCCUUUUCGCGAGUGCCAAGAUGCCCGCUGAAACUACUAGCAUCUGAAGAAGAGGAAAUAGAGCUAUUGGGCCCUCCACCAUUGCCCCUUCCCCCUCCCCCGCCCGUCCUUGGAGAAGAGAAGAAGAAACAAGUCCAAAAGCCCCCUUCUCCCACUUUCAAAACUCAAACAUGGAGAUUUGACGGUGGGAGAGGCCAAAGGAAGCCCCACCCCACGGCGCCCCCCGUGGCCGCCCCUGUGGUGAGUACAGAAGAUAAGAAUAGACAAGCGGAAGGGAAGCCAAUCGCUCCGCCAAGGAGGAAGAGGGAGGGGAGAGGGGAAAAGGCGCGGGAUAGGCCGAUGCCACUGCAGGGGAAGGAGAAGGAGAUGAAGGUGGUGGAAGAGUUCCAGAUUGAGCUAUGAAGUGGUGCUGACAUUGCUGUAGGUUGGUGUUGGGAUAUUGGAUCUGCGACUUCGUGUGUUUGUUUAUAGUGUGGCGAUGGCAGU